UUCUCUCUCUAAAAAAUGCACUAAAAACUCCAGUUUCCAUCUCUCUAAAAACACUUUCUCUCUCUAUAUCUUGCCAAAAACAUAUAUUUACAUACAUCGAUACAUACACCAAAAGAAUUAAAGCACACGUAUAGUCUCUAAUUCGUCAGAAAUUGAUUCAUCCCUUACUCGAUUUGAAAAAAAAAUAAAAAAUAAAAUCCCUAAUCUCACUUGAAUCUCAAUCCUUUUUCCCCCUUUCCACUACCCAAUUUCAUCUCUCCCCAAAUCCUUUGAUUCGAGUUCGCCUCUGCAAAACCCUAGCUUUUGGCUUCUGUAGCUAUUCCGAACUUCGGAGUGACAACUCAUUGUCUGUGGGGAUUCGUUCGAUCUUAGUAUUUCUGUCUUGUGUUUAUCAGUGGCAAUCUUUUGAGGAACUACUCUCAGAGAUAGAACGACGUAUAUUUCGUAGCGAUUUGAUGGUGGUGGCAGCAUGCAGAUGAUUGUUGGAAGAGAUGCAAAGGUAUCAUGCUGGAAACUGCACUAGUGCAGUCAAUAAUAACAGUACGAUUGGUGGAAUAAGAGAUACAUCCCAUAUCGACACACCUGCAGUGCCAUCUAACUUCUCGCUGAAUCCGAGGCGGCCAUCACAGAUAACCCUAUACAAAUUGAGGUGUGAUAAGGAACCGUUGAAUUCCCGACUUGGGCCACCUGACUUCCACCCCCAGACUCCAAAUUGUCCAGAAGAGACGCUUACACGGGAAUAUGUACAGGCUGGUUAUAGAGAGACUGUUGAAGGACUUGAGGAAGCUAGAGAGAUUCCUUUAUCACAGGUUCAGGCAUUCACGAGGCCUGUCAUUUUUAAGUGCAAAGAGGCCAUCAGAAAAUGUCAUAGAGCUAUCAUUGAGUCUCGUACCAAAAAAAGAAAGGCAGGGCAAGUUUAUGAAGUACCACUUUCUGGUAAUCUACUGAUCAAGUCUGGUAUAUUCCCUGAGCUAAGACCAUGUGGUGAAGACUUCCGAAAGAAAUGGAUCGAGGGCUUAUCUCAACCGCAUAAAAGACUGCGUUCAUUGGCCGAUCAUGUCCCUCAUGGUUAUAGGAGGAAAUCUCUUUUUGAAGUUCUAAUUAGAAACAAUGUUCCGUUAUUGAGAGCAACCUGGUUCAUCAAAGUAACCUAUCUUAAUCAGGUUCGUGCGGCAUCUUCUAAUUCAUCGUCAAGUUUUAAUGGAAAAACUCAAUUUUCACGUUCAGAACAGUGGACAAAAGAUGUCAUUGAGUAUUUGCAAUAUCUCUUGGAUGAAUUUAUGGCAAGAAACAUUUCUCAUUCGACUUUGCAUAUGCGAGAGCGGUCGUCACAAAUUUAUACUGGUUCAGUGCAGCCACAAGGUGAUUCUUUUUCAGCUGCCGUGGAUGGUGAGGAGCCUUCACUAUACACUAAAUGGUGGUAUGUGGUGAGGAUUAUUCACUGGCACCAUGCAGAAGGACUUCUUGUUCCUUCUCUCAUUAUCGAUUGGGUUCUUAAUCAACUCCAGCAAAAAGAAUCGCUCGGUGUUCUACAGUUGCUAUUGCCCAUCAUAUAUGGAGUAAUAGAAACUGUUGUAUUAUCGCAGAACUAUGUACGGAUACUGGUCAAAAUAGCCAUUCGGUUUAUCCAAGAGCCUUCUCCAGGUGGUUCUGACCUUGUUGAUAAUUCUAGACGUGCAUAUACUACUAGUGCUAUUGUGGAGAUGCUUCGAUAUUUAGUACUAGUUGUGCCAGAUACUUUUGUUGCUUUGGAUUGUUUCCCUUUGCCGGUGUGUGUGGUAAGUCAUGUGGUAAAUGACGGAAGUUUCUUAUCCAAAAAAGUUGAAGAUGCUAGGAAGGUCAAGGGUGGUCGAAUUGGAGCUGGAGAUAAAAAUCAAGCUGAUUCCUUGUCCUUCCACAGUGUUGUUUCAUCGGUUAAAAAACGAGCCGAGACUCUAUCGACAGCAGCCAGGCCAAAUCAUUCUGGUUAUAAUGUAGCUAAAGUCUUGCAGAUGUUGGACCAGGCUCUCGUGCAUGGAGAUAUUGGAGGUUCUUAUAAAUUGCUCUUUGAAAAUCUUUGGGAUGGAGCUUGCGCUGAAAAUUGGCUUACAAAAGUGAGCCCUUGUUUACAUACAUCGCUUAAGCAUAUCCGUUCGGUGACAUCAUCAUUAAUUUGCUCCAUCUUUUUCGUAUUUGAGUGGGCGACGUGUGAAUUUAGGGAUUUCCGUACUGCACCUCCUCAUGGUCUGAAGUUUACUGGUAGGAAAGACCUCUCUCAGAUAUUAAUCGCAAUACGUAUUUUAAAACUGAGGGUAAGUAAGAUGCCAAACAUGUACACUUCGAAGCAGAGAAGUAGAAACAUUCCUGAUAUAUUUGAGAGCCCUGGCCCUUUGCAUGAUAUUAUUCUAUGUUGGAUUGAUCAGCAUGAAGUGCAUAACAAAGAAGGUUUCAAGCGCGUGCAGCUUCAAAUAAGAGAAUUGAUCGUAUCUAAAUUUUUCAAUCCUUUGGCAUAUGUCAGGCAGCUAAUUAUAAGUGGAAUCAUGGAUGAAAAUGGUCCCAUGGUUGACCUGGAAAAGCGGAAGAGACAUUACAAACUCUUGAAGGAGUUGCCUGCUGCUUAUAUCCGUGAUGCUCUUGAAGAAGCCCAAAUUGCCGAACCAUCAAUCAUACUGGAUGCGAUUAAUAUUUACUCAAAUGAACGUAAAAUGGUGCUUCGUGGGCUUUUAGGAAACAGAAAAUCCAAUCCUAGUGCAAACGGUUCAAACAAGAGGCAGGCACAUCAAAAGAGUUAUCGAAGUGGAAGUUGUUCUCCAUCUUCUGUUGAGCGGUGGUACUUUCAAGAAGCAUCUAAUGUUUCAACGGCAAAUCUUGACACGGAUACCAAGCUUGAAGAACUGAAGGCCUCGAUUUCUGCACUAUUGCAAUUCCCUGUUCCCUCAUCUUCAAUCGAUAGUGGAAUUAAUGAAUCUCAAGGGAAUUUGAAGAGGUCUGGUGGGGGUUAUAGCGGAGCAGAUGUUAGCGAAGAAACAUCUGGAUGUGAAGAAUGCAAAAGGGCGAAGAGACAAAAAAUAAGUGAAGAAAGGAGCUCGUUGCUUCAGUCAUAUCCUGCAGAUGAGGAAGAAAAAUGGUGGGUAAAAAAGGGGGUGAAAUAUAUCGAAAAUUCCCGAGUAGAACCACCCCCUAAACCUGUGAAACAGUCAUCGUCAAGGGGCAGGCAAAAAUCUGUUCGUAAAACUCAAAGCCUUGCACAAUUAGCUGAUGCUCGAAUUGAAGGUAGUCAGGGAGCCUCGACUAGCCAUGUAUGUGAAAGUAGGAUAGGGUGCCCUCACCAUAGAGCUGGUUAUGAUGAGAUCUCAAAACCUGUCGACGGAACCAGAAAACCACCAUGUGCAGAUAUUGUUUUAAUUCGAAAGCUACUGAAGCAGAUGCAAUUUAUCAAGAAGAGGACUAUAGCUGUAUGGUUGAUAUCUGUUGUAAAACAGCUUAUUGAAGAGUCUGAAGCUUUCACAGCCAAGGUUGGCCAAUAUGGUAGGCAAUUACCACCAGUUGAUGAUCGGAGCUCCAAACAAUGGAGGCUUGGUGAAGAUGAACUUUCAGUGAUAUUGUAUAUAAUGGAUGUUUGUAAUGAAUUAGUUGCGGCGAUAAGGUUUCUUUUUUGGUUGUUUCCAAAAGUUCCUAGCUAUCCGCCUUCUACUCUCCACGGCAGGAAUAUUCUGACACUUCCUAAGAUUGCUGAGAACCAUGCCUGUGAAGUAGGAGAGGCGUUUCUUUUAUCAUGUAUCCGCAGGUAUGAGAAUAUAAUCAUUGCUUCUGAUCUUAUUCCUGAAACCUUGUCUGCCACAAUGCGUCGUACUGCAGGAGUCAUGGCAUCUAGUGGCAGGCUAUCUGUUUCACCAGCCUUAGUUUAUGCUCGUCACCUACUGAGGAAGUAUGGAAGUAUAUCUAGCAUUGUCGAAUGGGAAAAGGCAUUUUACCCCACAUGUGAUAAAAGACUUAGUUCAGAACUUGAAUCUGCAAAAUCUUUAGAUGGGGACUUUGGCUUUCCCCUUGGUGUCCCAAAUGGAGUUGGGGAUCCCGAUGAUUAUUUCCGUCAAAAGAUUGGCGGUGUUCGGGUAUCCAGAGUUGGUAUGAGCAUGAAAGAGAUAGUGCACAGACAUGUAGAUGAAUUUUCGCAGUACUUUUACAGCAAAGAUAGAAAGUCUUUUGGACCUGGAACAAAUAAAAGUCCUAGCGUGGAGAAGUGGGACGAUGGCUAUCAGAUAGCUAAGCAAAUAGUGAUGGGAUUGCUGGACUGCAUGAGACAAACAGGCGGUGCCGCUCAAGAAGGUGAUCCUUCACUAGUGUCUUCUGCUAUUGCUGCAAUUGUUCAUAACAUCGGACAGGUUUUCGCGAAAAUUCCCGACUUAACCGCGGGUAGUAAUCACCUGCACGCAUCUCCACCUUAUGGCUCGUUGCAUUUCACUCAGCGCAUUUUACGCAUUCACAUCACUUGCCUGUGCGUACUGAAGGAAGCUCUUGGAGAACGUCAGAGCAGGGUAUUUGAGGUUGCUCUUGCAACGGAAGCUUCUUCCGCUCUGAUGCAAGCUUUUAGUGCAAGUUCACCAAACGAAGCCUUAAAUCAUUCGAAUAAAGCAGUUCUUGGGAGAGCUGCAAGAAUAUCCGCAGCUGUUUCUGCACUUGUCAUUGGGGCAAUUCUCCAGGGAGUUGCUAGCCUCGAGAGAAUGGUUACCCUCUUCAGAUUGAAGGAAGGGUUGGACCUAGUUCAGUUUGCAAGGAAUCUGAAAUCCAAUGUGAAUGGGAAUGCACGUUCUGUGGGGGUUUUAAAGGUGGAUAAUUUGAUUGAAGUCUCUGUGAACUGGUUUAGGGUUCUCGUGGGAAACUGCAGAACUGUUUCUGAUGGAUUGAUUGUGGAUCUUUUAGGCGAAGCCUCGAUUGUAGCUCUAUUCAGAAUGCAAAGGAUGCUACCUUUGAAUUUGGUCUUUCCACCAGCCUAUUCUAUAUUUUCUUUUGUGAUAUGGAGGCCCGUUAUUGAUGGAAGUUUUGGAGCGCGUGAAGAUUUCCACCACUUGUAUCAAUUAUUGGGUGUCGCUGCAAAUGAUGCCAUAAAGCACCUGCCUUUUCGUGAGAUAUGUCUCCGUGACACAUAUGGCUUAUACGAUCUCAUAGCUGCAGAUAACCUCGAUUCGGAAUUUGUAUCCAUGCUAGAAUUCAAUGGUUCGGAUAUGAGUCUAAAAGCUGCUGCCUUGGUUCCUCUCCGUUCAAGGCUUUUUCUAGAUGCCCUUAUCGACUGUAAAAUGCCCCAACCUGUUGUUAAACUGGAUGACAAGAAUUCGGUCUCCAAGCAAGUUGAGUUGAAAAAACAAUGUGGAGAAAAUGUGAAAAAGCUUAUGGGCAAACUUGUGCAUGUUUUGAAUACACUUCAACCUGCAAAAUUCCAUUGGCAGUGGGUUGAGUUGAGGCUCCUCCUUAACGAGCAGUCUGUCAAUGAAAAAAUGGAGAAUGAUACCUCGUUGGCCGAGGCUAUAAGAUCUCUCUCUCCUAUUCCCGAUAAAAGUACGGGUUCGGAAAAUGAGAGCAACUUUAUUCAAAUUGUUCUAACCAGGUUAUUGAUCAGACCAGACGCUGCUCCUUUGUUCUCCGAGGUUGUACAUUUACUAGGAAAGUCGCUCGAGGAUUCAAUGUUGUCACAGGCAAAGUGGUUACUGAGAGGUGCAGAAGUUCUUUAUGGGAAGAAAUCUAUCAGGCAGAAGGUUGUUAACAUUGCUGCUGGAAUUAAAGAGGUCUGUCUAAAACCCCAAUACUGGAAGCCAUGGGGGUGGUGUCGUUCAGAUACUAAUAGAGUGACUGACAAGGGUGACAAAUGGAAAUCUGAAGGCAGUGCACUCGAAGAAGGGGAAGUUGUUGAUGAAGGGGCAGCAGAUUUCAAUCAGCCUGGAAAAGAAUCUGGCCUUUCGGACAUUGAAGGUUUGACUGUCAGUCAACAGCAUGUGACUGAAAGAGCUCUUGUUGAAUUAAUCCUUCCAUGCCUGGAUCAAGGUCCGGACGAUUUGCGCUAUAAUUUUGCGAGUGAAAUGAUUAAGCAGAUAAGUAAUAUCGAGCAGCAGAUAAAUGCAGUUACUCGGGGAGUUGGCAAACAAGGUGUAACUCCCAGUACUGUAAUUGGAAGUCCUGCCAGUAAAGGUGGCAGUAGGAAGAGCGGGAAAAGUGGUAGUCCUGGAAUAUCGAGACAGUCAACUGGAGCAGCUGAUAAUACUGUCCCACCUUCUCCUGUAGCAUUGCGAGCCUCCAUGACUUUGCGGUUGCAAUUCCUGAUUAGAUUACUCCCUAUUAUUUGUUUGGACAGGGAGCCAUUAGGUCGAAAUAUCAGAUACACACUCGCUCCAGUAAUUUUACGCCUCCUUGGAAGCAGAGUCGUGCACGAAGAUGCCGGUCAUUUUAUCAGCCCCAUAUUUACAUCAUCAAAGAGAGAUGUGAACCCUCUCAAGGAAGCUUCUGCAGAACUUCUAUCAGGGGAAAACAUAUUCGAUUCUCUAUUGUUAGUGCUGCACGCGUUGCUGAGCUGUUAUCAGCCUAGCUGGUUGAAAUCGAAAUCAGAAUCCAAGCCCACCGAAUCCAGCAAGGAUUACGCUGCUUUUGAUCGUGAAGUUGCAGAAAGUCUGCAGAAUGAAUUGGAUCGAAUGGAAUUACCUGAGACGAUUAGGUGGCGGAUUCAAACCGCAAUGCCGAUUCUUUUACCGCCCGUCAAGUGUUCGAUCAAUUGCCAGCCUCCAUCAGUACCACCCACCGUCCUUACUCGUCUUAUGCCCAUCACUCAAGUAACCACGGUUAACCCUAACCAUAACAAUUCGAACCCCUCUCAGAGGAGCCCAAUCUUACCAGGACACAUUGUAAAAAACAAGCAACACGCUUUGCAAUUGGAGCUCGACUCCUCGGAGAUUAUUGACCAGUGGACCCUUCUUGAGGAAGGAACUGGAUCGGGUGGUCCACCUUUGGCCACCUCAGCUGGCAUAAGCGGUAGUGGUCAGUCGAACUUGAAGGCAUCCAAUUUGCUUAAGGGAGCUAUAAGAGUGAGGAGAAAGGAUCUUACGUAUGUUGGUGCAGUAGACGAGGACAGCUAAUUCCACCAAAAAAAUAAACAGUCUAAAAAACCCAGUUUUACAUCCCCACCCCCAUACCCACUCCUCGGGUUUCUUGAACAUAUCUUCAGUUGUUGAGGGAAAUGGUUGGGGGGUGGCUUUUGUGGCCUUUGCAGGCGAGAUGCUGUUUUGAAGGCAAAUUCUUUAUUGCGGGGCCAUUGGGUUUGAACGGAAAAACGUAUUCUUGGCUUACUGUGGUACGGUAUUCCGAGCAAUAUUCCCCAGUUCUGGAUGGUGAAGAAUAUGAGGUGAUUAUAUAAAUCGACUGAGUACUAUUUUUCUUAUUUUUCUGAUGAGGUGAAUUUUUACAAAGGGGGGAGAUUUAAUUUGUAGCUUCUUCCACGCUAUGCAAUGUGUUUUUGUUUACACAAUAGUCUCGAUUAUGAUCUCCCACGCCCCUUUUGCCACUCGCCUCUGUAUGAAUGUGAUGAUGUGGCGGAGUUGAAGAAAAAACACGGAGAGAACAAGAGAGUCUUCUAGAAGGGAAGAUCCUAAGUCGUGAUUGGACAGGAACUAAAGCUUGUACUCUCUAAAUGGAUAGGUGUUAGUAUGUCAUGUUGUUGUACACUAUUUCAGUUGUUGUAUUCUUGGAACAAAUCAAAUAUUUCAGAAUGAUUUCUUUUAACAAAAAGAAGAUAGUUUUUGUGAAGAUAUUUUUUACUUUCAGCAGUGCUGAAUGAAAAAAAAAAGCUUGUAUUUUUACUGUCAUUGUAUUUUGCAGCAGGAUUUUUCCUGCACUGUCGAGAAAUUGUAUUCAGGUUCUCGUUU